UAGAAAACUCAGCGGAAUCCGCUCCUUUCAAACUGUCAGAAAGUGUCAGACUUCCCAACAGAUUUCGUGCGUUUUGGUAGAAAUUGUAUUGAUAUUCGCGGCAAACAUUAAAAAUCUCUAAAACAAGCUUGAUUACGGUUAAAAUACAGUGUUUUUGCUACAAUUUAGUGUCCUAGUUCCAUCAAUCGCAAAAACAAUGGAACCAAUGGCGCUCGGAAGUCCAAGUGGCAGUCCUCUGCCCUCUGGCAGUUAUUUGCCGUCGUUUCUAAUGGGAGACACUCCUACCACACCGCGUACCAAUACCCUUUCCCCGACCAAAGGCAGAGCUUCGUUGGCCUUUCAGUCCCCUGUCGGAAGUGGCUCGUUUGCCGGCCAGCCUCUGGAAUUUGGCCACCAAAGUGGACGUCCCAGUGGGAUAUCGCAGAAAUUUACUCUCGGAGGAGGAUCCAAUUUGAACCAGCCGGCUAACGUCAAUCACAACUCCAGUGUUACGGGCCCUCCCACACAGGGCCUGUUCGAUUCGUUCCGAAACGAGAAGCAGCUCUUCCAGACGCCGAGCAAAAAUAUGACCACCGGUGGCCAAGGUGCUGCUGCUGCUGCCCUGCACACGCCGGGAUACCUUCCCCAGUCGGCCGGAGACGAUUCGUCGUAUCUGAACCAGAGUGGCUUCAACGUUUCGAGGGUUAUGUCUCCGAUUCCAUUGGCCAGGGACCAGGAUUUCAUACGGAAUUCCCCAGCACUGUCCCAGUCGCACCUGAACCUUUCCCAGUCCGUUCCGCCCGGGUCGGAUUAUUGGAUUACGGUGUUCGGGUUUCCUAUAUCGGCCUCCUCCAUGAUACUGUCCCACUUUUCCCAGUGCGGUGCGAUAAUUGAGAAAGUUUUUGCCACCCAGAACGGAAACUGGGUCCAUCUGAGGUUCACUUCCCGACUCGAGUGCGACAAAGCGCUGAACUACAACGGGAAGAUUAUCGGACAAAACCUGAUGAUAGGGGUGCAGUACUGUAACGACCCGGCAAUCGUGGGGAAGGAGAAUAGUGACGACCGGAAAGAGUAUUCCCUUAGCCGCGUGCGUUCCUUGACGCACAUAGCAUACAAAAAUGCACAGCAUCCGACCGAUGUGGUACCGAGCCCUACGGCGCCAACGCGGAGCUCUGGACUGGUUAAUAAGGCAAUGGACCUUAUAUUCGGCUGGUAGCAACAGGUGGGCAAUCUUGUGGACCAUUACAUGGCCCAUGGAGAACGGACCACAGGUUGCAACCUGUGGUAGUACCUAAUGAAUGUUAAUUGUAAGUGCAGAUUUUUUUUUGUGGUUAAGUGAUCCCGCACGAAGAAUAAGGCAAUCGUUUUUUACGCACUACUAUGAAUAAUAAUGAUAAAGAAGCUUGAGUAAUAGUA